AUGGAUGUCAUCAUGGAUCACAAGUCAUUCUCAUCCCCCGCCGUCAAGCGUCGCCAUGUCCAGUCCAAGCGCGGUGUCCUCCGGCGCCGUGGUACCAAUUACCUGGUCAGGUCUACUGCGAAGCGCUUGAUGGAGUCCAAAAGCCACGCCAUCUACCAUCAGUUCUCCUACCAGGAUAGCUUCAGACGUCCCUGCCUCUCCGGUGUGUGGGAGGCUCGGCGAAAGGAUGCCGGCUCUUUCGAGGCUCCGCGUCCUCUUCGAGCAGACGUCGAGUGGGACAUUCGCGACGUCUUAGCCGGUGUUCGUGAGCAACAGCGCAAGCGGGAGACCCGCGCUCCCCACGUAUCUCCUCGGAACGAAGAGCAGGAGGGUCGGGAUCUUGCUCGCAGCGAAAUUCCGCUCCCAAGUGACGUUCCUCGUCUUAUCAGACGGCCCAGCCUGGAGCGUGAGGAGGCUUUCCGAGUUGCCAGCACUGCCAAGGGCAAAGUUCACCUACGCGCUUCCCCCGAGAGUGAAGAUGCGCAGAUCGCGGAGCUUUACCAGCAGGGUCUUCUCUACGACGGCGACGAGCAGCGCCCUGAGGAAAUCUUCAACCUCAACAGUAUCCAACACGAGGCCCCCGUGUAUACCAUUCGUCCUGCGAAGCGGGGCCGCAAGUCCAAGAAGGCUAAGCCUGCAGCCCUCGUUCUAUCCUAUACCGACGUUGGCGAGUGUAGUACCGAGGCAAACGCUUCAACAGCUCGGCGUUCAGCUGCUGACGACUCAGAGACAAGCGAGGCCUUCCCUCCUCUGAGAAUCGUCUACGGGCAGAACGCGUCAAAUCCAACAUUUGACGUCGAGACAUCUCAACCCCCAGAGCUGAUGCUCGACCUCUCUGAUUACGAUUGCUUUACCGACAGUGAGCUUGACGAUGAUGUGCCGUCCCAGACGGAGAUUGUGGAGAACGCAAACAACCCAACCUCAGAGACUUGGAUCAUGCUGGGUUGA